UGCGAAUUGGGAAUGAUUUGUCUGACAAACCAUUGAUUCUUGCUUAGAAAUUCAGAGUAGCGAAAAUGAAUAUAUAAAAGCCGCCAUGCCGACCGGCAACAGCAGAUAUAUCUCAACAUAACUCCCUCAACACGACCAACCUCACUCCCACCUACGAGUACACAAUGUCUUCCAAACUCAUCGUUGUCCUCGGGGCCACCGGCAACCAAGGCGGAUCGGUCAUCAAGACCUUUCUCGACGACCCGGCCUGGCGUAUUCGUGCCCUAACCCGGAACGCAUCCUCUGCCAGCGCGCAGCGCCUUCAACAGUCCGGAGUCGAGGUGGUGCAGGCCGACCUAGACGAUCCUGCGUCCCUCGAGGCAGCCUUUCAAGACGCAAAUACCAUCUUCGCCGUCACCGACUUCUGGAACAGCUUUGCCAGCCCCGAAAACAGGAGCAAGAAGCGCCCCGACCAGCCCAUGAACGAGUGGACCUAUCACUACGAGAAGCAGCAGGGCAUGAAUGUGUUCGACGCCGCAGCUAAGGUGCCCACGCUUGACCGGUUGAUCUUCUCCAGCCUGUCCGAUGUCUCGAAGCGGUCGAAUGGGAAGUACAAGAACGUGAUGCAUUUUGAUUCCAAGGCCCAUGCCGCGGAGUACGGGAGGAAGACGCACCCCGAACUGUGGAAGAAGACUAGCUUGAUUCAGAUUGGCUGGUAUAUCUCCAACUUUCUGUCGCACCCGUUGCUGCAACCCCGAAAGACCGCAGAAGGAACGUACCAAUUCAUCAGUGGUGUACGUGGAGACGUGCAUCUUCCAGUCAUUGCCGCCGAAGAAGAUGCCGGACCGGCGACUAGAGCGCUGGCUCUGAGCCCCCCCGGAAAGAACUUGAUUGCGUAUCGCGAGUGGAUGACAUUGAACGAAUUAUCUGCGAUCUGGGGUCGCGUGUUGGGGGUUUCUGCUGAGGUGGUGACACUUCCAGAGGGUGAAUCUAUUCCUGGGGUACCGGAUGAGUUGAAAGAUGAGCUUCUUGAUAACUGGGCUUAUUUCAAUGAGUUUGGUUAUGAGGGACGUGGCGAUCCGACAGUCAUUCAUCCAAGACAGGUAUGUGAUUCGCACAUGGUCGUGAACGUCGCUAAUUCGUACAGCUUGAGGUUUCUCUGAAUCUGCCGACCGUAGAGGAAUGGAUCCGGAAGCAGGAUUGGUCUGCCGUUUUGUAGAUAUUGCUGCAGGACAGGUGCGACCUGCAAACGCGGUGGUUUGUUGGUGGCUGGCACAGGAUAUUUCAGAAGCUUCGUUGUGUAUCGUACAUCGUACAUAGUAUAGAAUUGAGGACUUUAGCUUGG